AUGGGGAAGACGUGGGAACAGUCUGUCUACUGCUCAGAUUUCUCCGGCCGGGAUUGGGGCAGCAGGCUCCAGCUCAGCUCGCGGGAAUCCGGAAUCUUCCCAGAGGCCCGACGACCCGGGCCCAAGCCCAGGAGGGGUCAGGAGGUCAAGGGCGUGUGUGGGCUCAUAAGUUGCCUGCCUUGGGGGGUGGAGAGCAUCUCCCUCCUGGGAGACUGUGGUCUGGCAGGUCUGGUGGCUGCUGUUAGCUGGCCGGGGUACCAGAACGAAGGCAUCUGCAUCAAGUGUGGGCUUGGUAUCUAUGGAGCAAGGCAGGCGUGCCAGGCGAUGGGGAGCCUGUAUCACACCGACUGCUUCAUCUGUGACUCCUGCGGGAGACGGCUCCGCGGGAAGGCCUUCUAUAAUGUGGGCGACAAAGUGUACUGCCAGGAAGACUUUCUGUACUCCGGGUUCCAGCAGACGGCUGACAAGUGCAGUGUGUGUGGGCACCUCAUCAUGGAGAUGAUCCUGCAGGCUCUGGGCAAGUCCUACCACCCAGGCUGCUUCCGGUGCUCCGUGUGCAAUGAGUGCCUGGACGGGGUGCCCUUCACAGUGGACGUGGAGAACAACAUCUACUGUGUCCGAGACUACCACACGGUUUUUGCACCAAAAUGUGCCUCCUGUGCCCGUCCUAUCCUCCCUGCACAGGGCUGUGAGACGACCAUCCGUGUGGUGUCCAUGGACAGAGACUACCACGUGGAGUGUUACCACUGUGAGGACUGUGGGCUGCAGCUGAGCGGGGAGGACGGACGCCGCUGCUACCCCCUCGAGGGCCACCUGCUGUGCCGCCGCUGCCACCUGCGGCGCCUC